GUUGGGGUCCGAGUCCAAGGCCCGGGGCGCGAUGGGGGGGAUGCUCGGGGCUGCUCGCGGUGGUUCGGCCCCGGCGCCGGGCGGAGGCUGCCGCGGCCCGAGCGCGCGAGGGGUGGCGGGGGCUCCCCCUGCGCCCCCGGACGGCCGCUCCGGAGCCCCGCGGGGCCCGCACUAGCCGGGGCCGGGAAAGCCCACCCAGCAUAUAGAAUUUAAACCUUCUCUCAGUAGUAGAGCUAAAGACGACGACAGCCAACCAGGGGUCAUCCAUCUGAAACUGUAAUUGGCUCACUAAUCCAGGACAAAGUUAGAGAUCACAACUCAAGCAUAAGUCUCCUUUCCCUCACACUGCUACAGAGAUGUUUGACGUAAAGGCUUGGGCUGAGUAUGUUGUGGAAUGGGCUGCAAAGGAUCCAUAUGGCUUCCUCACAACAGUUAUUUUGGCCCUUACACCAUUGUUUCUAGCAAGUGCUGUACUGUCCUGGAAACUGGCCAAGAUGAUUGAGGCCAAGGAAAAGGAGCAAAAGAAAAAACAAAAGCGCCAAGAAAAUAUUGCAAAAGCUAAACGACUGAAAAAGGAUUGAAGGCAUGAACAGGCUCUGGGACCAGAGGAAACUCAUUCGGGAAAUGAGGCAGCUUUGGAAGGACCCUGUAAGGUUUCUUUUCUGGAUUUAUGAUGGCAUUUAAUAAACGAAGCCUGAGCAUAUGGAAGAAUCGUGUUAGUUCUGACCGCUACUGUAGCAACUUUUAGGCUUCUGUGUAGAAGUCUGUUGACAGUUAUUUAUUAUGCCAAAAAUGCUUCAUAACCGACUUAGUCAUUUGCCGUUUUGCGGCCUAAUACAUCCUGUGGAGAAAAAAUGACUUUAGAUUAUGAACUCUUCAAAUACUGGCUCAAAAAGGGCCUUGUUCUGGACAAAGGAAACUAAGAAUGUAAAAAUGAGAACUUUCCUGAGGUGAAAGAUAAGUUUUGGCUUAAAAAGUGAUACCGCAUAUUAAUCAAAUCUUUUGUCAUUAUUGCUUAUAUCUUAGUAUCAUUUCUGGCUUUCUCAAAGCAAAAUAUUAUUAAUCAGUGAGUACUUCAUUUUCUACAUUUUUCUCAUUCUAGCCUUUGAGAGACUGGUAAUUAUCAGACAUUCUGCCUUUUUUAAAAUCUAAUUUUAUGAAAAAUUCAUCUUGAUUGUAUAAAGUACCACCUACUAAUAAUAAUUUUAUACGUAUGAAUGCUGCCAUUUACUUAGAGAUAACUUGUUGACUAGAGUAACAUUUUAAAGCUUGCAGUAAAAUGCCAACCCUUGUAGUACUUUGGAACCAGUUUAUUCUUGUUCUAAGAAGAAAUGUGAAGUAAUUAAAAUGUCUUAUACGAUAAUUUGCUGAUUAUAUGUAUACCACUUUUAACUUUUCCAAUUUUUGAACUCAUGUAGUAAUGUUCUAUAAUUUUUGAUCAAACAAGUUCACAGUGAAAAUUAAAAUUUCAAUUUUGUUUUCAAGAAACUCUAAGAGUAAGUCAUAUUUCAUAAGUUAAAUUCAUGGUCCAAUAAUUUUAUUUGCUAUCAGUAUUUAAUAGCUCAUUAAUAUUUUCCUCAUCCUAAUAAUGAAUUCUAAAUUACAGAAAUUAUCCAACAGCUUUAAUUUAAAAAUGAAAGUAGAUAUUGAAAUAAAAUUGAUACUUUUUUAUAAGGAGGUCCUGAGGUUUUAGAUUUUUUUGGGGGGGGAAAGGGUAUUAAAUAAUUUAAGUUAGUAAUGUUAUAAAAGUUAGACUUUUCAAAAGAUGAUGAAUUUCAUUUGUAAAAGUUGAGGCUGAUGUUUCUCAAAUGACAACCUAAGGGCCCCAAGAAUGUUUAUGGACUGGUAUGAAUAAUACUACCACUAUUUUAGGUUGUCAGUUUCUACUUGAUGCCAUUGUAAACAUUACAUUGCAAUCCUAGGUACUGAAAUAAUCCAGUGUUUAGUUAUGAGAUAUAAUUUCAGGUGAUCAAGAUAUGCUUUUUGUAUUAUUGAAAUGAAAACAAUACUUAAAAAAAUGCUUAGGUAUAACUACUGACCCUGGUGUGUCUGCAGAAUCCAGUUUAAGAAAAAACUAGGUUAAGAUAUGUCUAAAGGGCUUUUGGGUUUCUGCCAUCAAGUUGUUCAGAAAAGGAAUUUAUAUACAUAGGUCUCACUUAUGGCCACAUUUUAGAGUAAAAAUACUACCGCAAAAGAAAUAUUCCUCUUAAUUCUCAGUUAUCUAUUAAAGCUGUGGAUUCAUUGUUCUGCUGUGGUAAUUUAAAGAUAUUAAUUUAACUGAAAUAUUUUUUUCCUAUAAUUUCUUUUAAAGUCUUAAACACAUGCCAGUUUUAUAUUUGUUUGGCAUAUGGCAUUUGUUGUUACUUUAGCUUUUCCCAACACUUAGGAAGCCUUUUUAUACAUAAAAGGUCAAUAGGUUUUACAGUGUGUGUGUGUGUGUGUGUGUGUGUAUGGGGGUGGGAAUUCAAAAUAGAGCCUACUAUGAGAUUUGGAUUUUUUAGAAAUAUUAAUCUUUUCUCAUUGAAACAAAUAGUACUAUAGUUAAGAGUCACAUUUACUAUUAUCUAGAACACUUUAAAAUUACCUACUUAUAUUAUUUGAAGUUCUGAGAAGUAAUACAAUCAGUUACCCCUCUCCCCUUUUUUUUUGGCUGGUUUUGGGGAAAUAAAGAUAGUUGCCUCUAGCAAACAUUUAAAAUCCCCUCUCUGCAAAGUUUUUGUGUGAAAAUUUAAUCCUUAGUGUCCAUGUGAUAAACUUCAGCAUGGUAUUAUUACUGUAUCAAAUGUGCAAGGGCAUUUCUAACUUUUUAUUUCUUGAAAUUAUAGUAAUCAAACUGGAAAUAAGCUUAGAAAGUUAUAAGCUGGAAACCCAAUGUUGAAAUCCUAUAUAAUAAAAGUAUAAUAAGCAAAUUGA